AUGCUAUUCAGGCUCCCUUCAUGCUACGCAUUAUGCUCAGUACUCUGUAUUUCGCAUAAUACACAUUCAUGCUUUAGGUUUUCUGAGCCUGCGCUGUGUCGUUACUUGGGAAAGGGAGUGCAUUCUGAUGCCAUCUUAUUGGUCAUUCCUUCCGUGUCUAAAAAGGUCAUUGAAAACUAUGAUGAUUCGUUAAAGUACAUAAUCAAAAAGAUGGACAAGUAUGUUGCUACGAGGUUCUCACUCAUUGUUUGUCAAACUUGUGUCUAUUGGACGGACUCCAAGUCCUACUAUUUUGUCAACUUUUGGUACUCGAUGCUUCCUAGGAACUUCAAGAGGAACCUGCACAAGGUCUAUCUGGUACAUCCAUAUGCAGCCGCUCGCACUCUGCUGACUUAUUCGUUUGGGUACUCAAAUGUCGAGUGUGUCGAUAUGAUUGGACCUUUGCUUACCAAGCUGGGACUCACCAAGGCCGGAAUGCUAAAACAAUUUCCAUAUGUCGUUCAAAGGAUGGAAGAGGUUUUACUAGGUAUUUCAACACCAAUAUCACCAUUCACGGAGCUCCCUGUUCUUUCGAUGCGUACGGGUCACACUUACAAGUCCUUCCCAAACAUUCCCCCGAUUCUAUCAAAGCUCUUGGAUACGAUUGAGCAGCAUGUGGAUAUCCCUCACCUCCUCUACUUGCAAUGUCCUGUAGAUGCCCUCCACAAUACGGUCAACGAGGUGGAGCGAAUUGGAGAAUUCUACGAAUACGAGACACCUGCAGAGGCUGUAGCGAUGCUAAAUCUCAUUCUAAACUCCCAAGUUGGAGGUCUCCUUGGUCCAAAGGCGUACAUUACGGUAAAGAAUUCAGUCAUGCAGAGCAUAGGCAAUGAGGAUAUUCUCAAUAGCAUACAGAAUCUGACAAAUAAAUUGCCAUCGGUCCAAAAGGACUACAUUUGGUGCAUAAUCAAGACACUCAGAGCAAUUGCCAGAAAGUCCGGAAAAAAUGGUCACAGCGUAAAGAAAAUUUCAAAGAUUUACGCCUCCACGUUCUUUAGGCCGCUUUCAAAUGAUCGGGACGUUGCCAAGGUCAUUCCUGCAUGCGAAUACAUUUUGGCCAGCAUGAUUGAAAAGCCAGAGUCAUUCUUUAAAAAGGAGGGUUCUUCAUCAAAAAAGGAACCGUACGCUAGGCUGGUUUCUGGCCAAGUCAAGUCCAGCAGCUCCACUAAAUCCGCAGCUUCGUCGGAUAAGCACAGCAGUGCCGCAUCAACCCCAAUUAGAACAAGUGGGACCAAAGAAGUCAAACAUGACUCCCUAGUGCACACAAGUUCGGCAUCUUCCCAGGAGGGAACCACGCUCUAUGGUCCAAAGGAUUCCAUUAAAACUCUCAAGGAGAAAUCAGCAAACUCGGGGGAAAAACGUCUAGGAUCAAAAGAUCAAAAGGACAAGGAGUCCGGAAGAUACAACAAGUCUAGAAACAGCUCUAGGUCUGAAUUGAGUUCAAAAAAGGAGAAGCGACCAGUUUAUGAUGACGAGUCGCCAAUUGUAAAGGAAUCUCGGUCAUCAUACAAGGACGAGGACAUGGAUGCACCUAUAUCAAGACUCUCGAGAGAGUUUGCAGAGACCCUCAAGCUCCAAAAGACUCCAUCGUUUAUAGGACUCUGCGAUCAAGACUUGCUUCCCAAUGAACUUGGAGGAGGAAGGACAGUGACUCGCAAGGUGACAAAACAGCUGUUGGACGAUCUCUUUGCAAGGGUUGAGUAG